GUUAUUCAUAGGGAAAGGUCGAUAUCUUUCACUGCUGUCUUUGUGUCACAGUUGAAGAGUUGAGGAAUGUGGGGAAAACUUUCACUGUAGUUCGACUGUCGCUUUCGUGAUCACCUGAUGGCCAAUCACAACGUGCAAGUGGCACCGUGUGGCUGCGUGACUGUCCAAUCAUGCACUGCAACCACGACUCGUGCGGCAGAGAAGAUUUUCAUCGGGAGAGCGACCAACGAUAUACAGACCAAUUGUGUGUUAUCGGUGCACAUGGAAUGUGAGAGGCUUUUGGAGUGAGCUCGGACAUCCCCCCCUUCCCCCUCCCCUCACACACUCCACCCGUGCCUGGGUGCCCCCUCCUUCCUGGCUGCAGUGACAGUAGGCUAUGGCCACCAGCAGCAGCAGCAGCAGCAGUGACAGGAGCUGUGACAGGAACACUACAGCUCGGCCAGGCUGGGUGGCCUUCAGUGACGACCCCUCCUCCCAUCCAAACGAGGAUCCGCAGACAGAUGAGGAGAGUGGCCUGCCGUUGCCUGACGGAGCCCAGCCCACCUCAAACUCCUCCACCUGGGGAGAGACCUCUGCUCAGCCCCCUCACUCCAGCUCCUGGGUCCAGUUCGAGGAGAAGCCCUGGUCCUCCUCCCCCCCUCCGCCCCCGUUGCAGGUAAAAGGUCCCAGGUACAGCGUUUGCUCCUCUGCCAGUUUCUGGAGUGUGGUGCCCCCCUCUGAAAGCAGCUGGACCACCCAGUCUGAGGAGCAGGGCUCGCUAAGCAUGGGGGCCUCCUCCUGUGACCUCCCAUCUCUCAACGCAGAGAGCCCAUCACGGCCACACUCUUCCAGUUCUUCUGUCUUCCAAGAUGAUGAGGGAGUAACCAUGGAUUCAUUAAACUGGACAUCCAACAACAAGCACACAAAUGGCCAAGCCAACACUCGGUUUGCCAGUUGGGUCACCUUCGAUGAUGACGAGGAGUCCGACUUUCAGCCGUCCAACCGGCCGUCCCGGAUGAACCUGGAUAACCUCAACCACUCGCCCCUACAGGACUCUAACAGCAACCUGAUCGUCUCUUCGGCACAGAACCAGACGGCGGAGCGCCAUCUUUUGGAUCUGACUCCGGACGGAACCGAGCCUGGUUUUGUGCUGAAUCCUGGUCCCUUGAUCCACAGCCCGACUACCUACAGCAAGAAGAACCCUUUCUUUGACGAGGAGUUCUCCGACCUUCUGCCCUCGCCCAUCAACCCCUUCAGCUCCUUCUUCGACCAACAGGAAGUGAAGAAGUCGCAGAGCAACGGAUCCUGUCUGGACAGCCCUCCACUGUUUUCGUACAGCUCGCCGUUCUUUCAGUCCACCGACUCCGAUCUACAGACGGAAUCAGUCUUACUCUUCUCCGCCGUAGCUGACCCCAGUGGUGAUGAUGAGGGGUUGGGUCGAGAUUCCCCCAGAGAUGAGCUUGAUACACUCAGGAACCUUCAGAUCGCCGACCCGGAUGGCUACAUCAGUCCCACGCUGCCUGAUGACCCUGCCGACGCAGCGGACGAAGAGGAGAUGGCGUACAUGCCGAGUCACAUGACGGCUCAGGACGGCUGGCCCAUGCUGCUUCGCAUCCCAGAGAAGAAGAACAUCAUGUCGUCUCGGCACUGGGGGCCCAUCUAUGUCCGUCUUAGCGACUCUGGGCACCUGAGGCUCUUCUACGAGAGGGGCCUGGAGAAGCCCUUCAAGGAGUUCCAGCUGCGUGCUCACCAUGAGCUAUCCGAACACAAGCUGCAGAAUUACGAUGACAGCGGACGCGUGCACACCCUCAGCAUAGACCAUGUGAUAUACAAGGAGAAGCGCAAGAUCCAGCCCAAGGUGUCUGUGGUGCACCUACCCUCUAGAGAGCAGCUAGUGAAGCUAGGGACUAAGAAUUAUGAGGACUUUCUGAGCUUCAGACACGCACUGCAGGAGCGGCUGGUGGGAUUGCCCACAGAUGUGGGCUCUCCAUGUCCCCCUGUGAGCUACUCCGAGGAGGAAGUGGCUGUGGAGGUACGAGAUGAGUUCUACGGGACGGUGUCCAAAGGGGACUGCCGGAUACUCAAUCAUCUGGUUCUCACGCGGGUCAGCAUGCUUGUAUUUGCAUCCGGUUCUCCAGCCUGCCGAAUUGGGCUCAACGACGUUCUGGUGAAGGGCAAAGAAGUCGUGUCGAGGCACGAUAUCAUCCCCAACACCACAACACGUUGGAUCCGACUCCGAGAAUGUCGAUUGCAUCACUCCAUCGACCAGCAGGAUUUCGCAGAGUCUCAAGCUAUUUCCUUCAACCCCCCCAUCGGGCGGCGGUUCGAACUGUUGCAAUUUCGCACAGCGUUCGCCGAGAAAACGCUCCCCUUCACAGUGCGAACGGUGGCCAGCAUCAAGGGCGCGGAGGUGGAGCUGCAGUCCUGGCUGGUGAUGUCCACUGGCUUCUCCUCCAACCGAGACCCCCUUACAUUAAUCCCGUGUGAAAAUGUGAUGAUCCGCUACCCCAUACCUGAGCUCUGGGCCAAGAACUUCCGCAGGGAGAGCGUCACGGGGGAGAAGUCACUGAAGGCCCGCUUCAACAAAGGAGCCAGCUUCGGAUCCACCAGCACAUCUGGGUCGGAACCAGCCAUGAGGGUGACUCUGGGAACGGCCAAGUACGAGCAAGCGUUCACCUCGGUGGUAUGGAGGAUCAGCCGUCUACCAGACAAAAACUCAGCGCUGAGCCACCCUCACACGUUCUUCUGCCACCUGGAGCUGGGCUCGGACUGGGAGGUGCCCAAGCAGUUCCACUGCCAGGUGGAGGUGGAGUUCGACAUGCCUGCCGCUUGUGCCUCCAAGGCCACCGUACGCUCUCUGUCUGUCGGGGACAAAACCGACAUCAAGAAGUGGAUCACCUACAGGUCCCACUUCUCUUACAAGGUGGACAUUGAGCAGAAGGGUGACGGUAACUUAGAGGGUCCUGGAGGUGACAAGCCGGGACAGUGCUCACAUCAGUGAGGGAGUGAGGACGAGCCAUCAUGUGCACAUCCCCGCCCCGCCGCCCCCCUCCUCGUACUCCUCACAUUAACAAUGCCAGGAUUCACUGGAAGAUGCACUAUGAUAAAACACAGAUGUAGUAUGCGGACCCUGGACUGCUAUGAGCUGAAAUGGGGCCAAGGCCCAGGUGGGGCACACAAGUACGUACUGUAAGGUCAAUCUGGCCUGCUUGAUCAACAACAUGAGCGCUCCAACUUGCACAACUCUCCAGUAUGAGUAGCGCUUUGAAUGGUCAACGCAGGCCUUUUCUGCCCUCAUGCCCUUUGCAUUGUGGUCAUUUUUUACCCAAUUGAUUAGGUGAGUAAUUGGGUGAACUCUUUGGUUGUAUGUGAGUCCAUUUGUUUAGUAGAUCGCCCGCGGACCAGCAGGUUUGCACAUUGUAAGCCUGAUCAAAUAACGUGAUUGAAAUGUUUAGUUAAAAAAUCUUUGCUUUGAUAAAAUAGUUCUGUAACUGUAAUAUGACCCACAUUCCGAGUCAACUGUGGUGUAUUGAAUAGGUUGGCAUUUGGACAACACAGUAUUCAUUUCAAUAAGACUAUUGGAUCAAAAAGUGCUCUUAAUUUUGAGUGGUAAAUUCGGGGAAUAGGGUAUGAAUAAAUAGGUGGAUAGAUAAAUAGGUAUUAAUUAAGUUAUUUCCUGGCUUUUCCACAGUAUGGUUUUCUCUUUCAUUUGUCUAUGGUGUCGGUUACGUCUCUCCUGUAUGUCAAAACUACAUUAACCAUUAGAACCCUUAGCCAUCGUUCAGCAUAUGAUGGGUAUUUACUGCUAAAAAUCCAGGCUACAAUGCUACAGCGAUAUAGGUGAGGGAAGAAAUUUGGUCUGAAGUGUAGUUGAGUUGCAUGUUUGAUCUGCCACUGACAAACCGUGAAUUUCACUUCUAGAAAAAGCCUUAAUACUGUUGUGUUUUUUUUCCUUUCAAAACACAAGACAACAGACGUAAGUCUUGGUAUUCUUGGCAAAAACAUAGUGAGAUUUCACAGACAGACCCAUAGGGGAGAGAAAUCAGGCAGGGCUGUUACAGACUCAACAGUAAUGAUGCUGCUGUUAUCUCUAAGUCAUGUUGUUGCAUUUGGAAUAUACACCUUGCAUUGAGUAUGUAAGAGCCCUACAGAGUGAGGACAGUUUACAAAAUAUGAAAUGAUUAUUUUUGCUCCAGUAUGAUGUUGCUAUGUGUCUUUUUUCACUGGGCAUUUGUAAAGCUACUGAAAGGUGUGUGUACUCUUAACAUGGUCUGUCUCCGUGUACUAUGGAAUGUGCGUUUUUUACUACUAACAAAAAGAAACAGUGCUGCACUGGAUAUUGUGGAAAAAAAUGCAAUGUUUGUAUAAUCCCCACCACCUUUUUGUUUUUAGAUUUUUUUAAAGUAAAUUAUGAAACAGACAUUACCACUGUAUGAAUUUCAUUUUGUCAUCAUUUGAUAAUGUCAUCAUUUGAUAUAUCUAGUUUUUUUUCAGGCAAUGGCAACGGAUUUAGAAGUGUACAUAGACCAGGUUCCAGUGAAGUAGCGUAAACUGACUGACUCAUGGUCCAUACGUUUCAGAACUGCAUGAUUUAACAAUAAAUACGACGUCUUCAGCCAAA